AUGCAUCGCAAUCAGGAGUUCGAUGUUUUGAACUCACUAACAUUCUCAUCUACCGCAGAAGAUGAUAUUGGUGGUCUUGAUGCAGCGCUUCAAAGAUUCGCUGAACAAAAAGCCAAAGCAUCGAUGAGACGUCGUGGCCCGAUUCAGGGUAUCCCGGAUGACGACUCUGAACCAGUUCAGUUUGAGCUGGCCGAGGAUAUUGUUGCAUCAGCCGAAAAUUUCUUUUAUGACAUUGACACUCCCUCGGUUCUUCCCAGUUCUGCACCUUCACGCACUAACGCGGAGGAGUUUGUUCUGCGGUCUGCGCGCAAACAUUCCAUGGAGAUUGAAGCCCCAGACUCACGAUUGCGUCGCUGGCGUCACCGACGUCGCGCAGUCUCCCUGACAGAGGACACUGGUGAACCUCGCAGUCUCCGCGUUUCUGUCUAUCUUUCUCCGGUCGACAUCCUAACCUAUCUCCAACGUCCUUUCCGUCGUUCGGUCCAUAACACUUCUGGUUCCGUUGACCCUUCCGCCUCUACUGCCGUCUCUCUCCCCGACGUUCGUGUAGAGGAUGGGUCCCUGCACUUCAGGUGCUGGGCUCCCUCUAGUUUGGUGGGUAUUUUAGCACUAAUUGUUGUCGGCGUCUUCGGACUGCGCAAAAAGGAUGUUGGCAGUGGCAUGAUAUUAGCCAGCUAUGCCAGUACAUCUGUAUGCUUAGAUUUUUAUGGAAGCCUGCUCAUAUUAUUAGUGAAAUCUUAG